CGCGGCGCCCGCCCUCCCUCAGCCGGGGCUGCUUCGUCUGAGGAGGCUGAGGCAGCGGCUGAGGCGGCGGCUAGCUUCGGCGUCUUGCUCCCUACUGCGGUCGCAGCUCUCCGGCCAGCUCCGGCCUCGGUCCCCGGCGCGGCCGUCCGAGCCCCUGCGGCCGGCGGGCGAUGGUGCGGCGGAGCGCGCGGACGAGGGCGGCGCGGCGGCGGGCAUGAAGGAGGAUGGAAGGGCAGGACGAAGUGUCGGCGCGGGAGCAGCACUUCCACAGCCAAGUGCGGGAGUCCACGAUAUGUUUCCUUCUUUUUGCUGUUCUCUACAUUGUUUCCUACUUCAUCAUCCUCAGAUACAAGAGAAAAUCAGAUGAACAAGAAGAUGAAGAUGCCAUAGUCAACAGGAUUUCGUUGUUUUUGAGCACGUUCACUUUAGCAGUUUCAGCUGGGGCUGUUUUGCUUUUACCUUUCUCAAUAAUCAGCAAUGAAAUCCUGCUUUCUUUUCCUCAGAACUACUAUAUUCAGUGGCUAAAUGGCUCCCUGAUUCAUGGUCUGUGGAAUCUUGCUUCUCUUUUUUCCAAUCUUUGUUUAUUUGUGUUGAUGCCCUUUGCCUUUUUCUUUCUGGAAUCAGAAGGUUUUGCUGGCUUGAAAAAGGGAAUCCGAGCCCGCAUUUUAGAAACUCUGGUCAUGCUGGUUCUUCUUGCAUUAUUGAUUCUCGGGAUAGUGUGGGUAGCCUCAGCACUCAUUGACAAUGAUGCUGCAAGUAUGGAAUCUUUAUAUGAUCUCUGGGAGUUCUAUCUACCCUAUUUAUAUUCCUGUAUAUCAUUGAUGGGAUGUUUGUUACUUCUCUUGUGCACACCAGUUGGCCUUUCCCGUAUGUUCACAGUGAUGGGUCAGCUGCUGGUGAAGCCAACAAUUCUUGAAGACCUGGAUGAACAGAUUUAUAUUAUUACCUUAGAGGAAGAAUCACUCCAGAGACGUUUAAAUGAUCGGGGGCUAAGAUCCAGGAAAGGGCUGUCUUCAUCAGUGGAAUACAACAUAAUGGAGUUGGAACAAGAGCUUGAAAAUGUAAAGACUCUUAAAACAAAAUUAGAGAGGCGAAAAAAGGCUUCAGCAUGGGAAAGAAAUUUGGUAUAUCCUGCUGUUAUGGUUCUCCUUCUUAUUGAGACAUCCAUCUCGGUCCUCUUGGUGGCUUGUAAUAUUCUUUGCCUGCUGGUUGAUGAAACAGCAAUGCCAAAGGGAACAAGGGGGCCUGGAAUAGGAAAUGCCUCUCUUUCUACUUUUGGUUUUGUGGGAGCUGCACUUGAAAUCAUUUUGAUUUUCUAUCUGAUGGUGUCCUCUGUUGUCGGUUUCUAUAGUCUUCGAUUUUUUGGAAACUUUACUCCCAAGAAGGAUGACACAACUAUGACUAAGAUCAUUGGGAAUUGUGUGUCAAUCUUGGUCUUGAGCUCCGCUCUGCCUGUGAUGUCAAGAACACUGGUGCCUCUCACAACGAAAUCCUGACCUUGGUGCCGUCUCAUUUGCUCCUGUGAGAUCACCCACAGCAUCCCAUCACCUACAGUGAAAUGAGAAAUGCAAUAACAAGAAAGUCAUAAUUUACCUGCUUAUGUGCAGUUUGUCUCUUAUUUCAACAGCUUUUUAGUAAAGGGUAUAAUUUUAAUUCUAAAUUGAAAAUACAUUGAAUCUAGUAUAAAAUAACUAAUUUGGUGAUAUUUUGCUUCAAAAAUGAAAGUGUUCUCUGGGUUUUUUUCUUUAUUAAAAUUUGCCAACUCCUAUUGUUGAUGUAUCCCAGGCUUUAGGUUUAAGUGCAUUGUAUGAUAUGACAUUUAUUAAAGAAUUCCUUUUAAAUAGCUUGUUACAUUGGAAUAUGGAAAAUAUCAUACUAAGUGGGAAAUCACUACUAUGUAAAUUUUAUAAGCAUAUCACUUGCUACAGAGAAUUAAGUUGUGAGGGAAAUUCUGACCAUAUAUUUUUAGUCAAAUGUAAGUAAUAGUGACGAUAGUUUUAUUGUCCAUAGGAAACACUAAGAAUCUGUACUUAAAUUUUUUUACUAAAACUCUUUAAAGCUCUUUAAAAAUAGUGCCAUGUCAGGGGAUAUAAUUUUCAGCACAUUGUUUUUGCUGCCUGUUUAGACUUCAGUUUUAAAGAAUCCAAAAUUUUUUAGGAGUUUGUUGUCCAUAUUUACUACAUAGUAAACAAUUUACUAUGUAGUUUAAUAGACUCUCAAAGUGAUUAGAGGAAGUAUUUGUAAACAAAAUGAAAAUAGAACAGGAUCAAAUUAUCUAUAGAUGCCCAAACUUUUUUGUCAUAAAAUGUUUCAAUGAAUUUUGUAAAAGUAGAUUUUGUAUGAUUGCUGAUAUACUCUUUAUUAUGCUUAGUCAAGAAACAACUGAGAGGCUGACAUUUUUUGUGUUAUUCUUAAUUUGAAAAUUGCCUUUAACCAAAAUGCAAAAUUUUUCUCACAUGCAAACAACAAUCUUGGAAAUACUUUACUAAUUUCUAUUUUAAAAUUAUUUUUGAAGUCAUUUUUUCAUCCUGGAAGUUCUUUCUGUAACUUGUAAGUAAUGUAAGACCUAAAUGCAGAUUUUAAAAAUAAAUACAGGUAUUAAAACAAAAAUACUUGUCCUUUGAAAUCAAUUUGAAUUUAUUUUCAGUAUUUUCAUGUAUUUCUCAUCUGGGUCCCCUACAGUCUGUCAUCUUACAGGAGAGAAAGUAGAUUAUUCUCUUUUGUUCCUUGAUGAAGGGACCUUGUUUAAAAACUGGUCUUUUUUGGAGAGGUCUUUAUUUGGGAUUUCACAAAUAAACAAUUAACCUUUAUGCUGGUCUUUCCCUCUCUACUUUUCAUUGUGAAAUGGAAAUAAAUGAUGCAUUCACAGAUGCUUAGCAAUGACAAAUGUGAAACAAGUAUAAAUUAUAAUAUAUGCCCCUAAUUGUGACAUCGAUAAAAUUUUAAACCUCAUAUUGAAAAUUUCUCACCAAAAAAUUGUAUAUGACUUAUGUUCAGAUAUAUUACAGAAAAUAAUAAAUGAAUGGUACUAAUUAACUUUUGAUUAAUUACUAAUGUUCUUAUAUCUGAACAAUAAAUUUAUGUAUCUACUUAGGAUUUUAAGUGUUCUAUGUCAAACUGUCCAAACAGUUAAGAGAGCAACUAAUAAUAACACUCUAAAAACUCAUAUUCCUAGUGUGUACUUGCUGUGUUUUCCUGAUGCUGCACUUGUUUCAGGGCAUGUGAUUCUAUCUCAGAAAAUGUCGUGUUGCUUACACAUAUCUAAACUCAGCCAUCUGUUGAUAUAUAAAUACUUUAAAUUUAUUUUGUUAUAAUUUUCGUGUGAAAAUAAUUCCAGUUAGGAUCAUUUAGUUGGAAGGAACCUUAAGAAGUAAUUUUUAAAAUGUUAUAGUUAAAAUGGUACAAUUAAAACUAGAGAGUGAUAGUAAAAGUCUAGUUUAUACUAAGAAGAAUAAAGACCCCUAAUCUAGCUGAGGAUUUUUAAUAUAAUAGUAUAUAUGCACAAUCAACUCUGAGAUAGAUGAACAGAUUAUCUCAUUUGUAGGAUUGUUUUCAAAUUAAUUAUAAAGAAUAUUAAAAUUACAGAUCAGGCUAAAGUUGCUUGUGACCACCAUUUUUAAUCCCAGUCCCUUCUUCCAAGUUUCCAGAAACCUCUUUGGUUUAUAGCUUUUGAAAUCUUUUUCUGUGUACAUGUAUGUGUGUGUUUGUGUAUGUGUAUACUCUAGUAAAUUUUUAAACUCUCACCUGAGUGUUACUUUUUAAAAAAAUUCUUUUGUUAGCAUUUUUGUUCCUUCUGAUGACACUUAACUUGGUGUGCUGCCCAGUGAGAGUUAAAAGAAGAAAAGGUUUUGAAAUCAUUUCCUCUAUCAGAACUUAGUCAUCCAAAAUGAAUUUCAUACCAAAACUCUUAAUUAUCUAUUUCUGUACAGGUAAUCAAUGACCUUCCUAGCUGCCUAAUUCUAUGGACUCUGUUUUUAUCUUAAUUGCUCUGUGGCAUUUACUCUUUGUAAUCCUCCCACCAAAAAAAAAUCUCUUAUUUUUUCAUUUCUGGUCACUGCUUCCUCUAUUUUUGUCCUCCUUCUCUGGCCAUUCCUUAGCGGUCUCUUUUACUGCUUCUCAACUACCACCCAUUCACUUGCCCCCAAAUCCAAACCUCUAGCCCACCUCUCAUCCUAAACUAAAAACAGAGAAAUCUAGCUCUGUGCUAUGUAUGGGUGUCCUACUGCCAUCUCACACAGGUCGUUUCUAAAACAGAGCCCCUUCAUAUUCUCUCUCUCUCUCUCUCUUUCGUUUCUCUUUCAGUCUUUGGGACACUUUCUACCCAAUAGGCCAAACCAGAAACUUGAGAGUUAAGGUAGAUGCCUUUGCCUUCUAGCACCAAUACCUAACACAGUACUCAAUAUCGUCUUGUUAAUAUAUCUUACAUCUACCUCUUCCUUCCUAUUGUCCUUUUAAAAAAAUGAAAAGAGUCAGACUUGUAUAAUAUCCAAAGCAGAGAACCAAUAUCAUCUUGUUAAUAUAUCUUGCAUCUACCUCUUCCUUCCUAUUGUCCUUUUAAAAAAAUGAAAAGAGUCAGACUUGUAUAAUAUCCAAAGCAGAGAAGUGAGUAUAUGAUUUUAUUUUAAUAUUCUAUUGUGAGAAGAGUGUUCAUGAAGUAGAUUCUAAGCAGGUAUUUUGCUGUAACUUUUUACUGUGUUAUCUGAAUACAGUUUAUACUGUGGUAAGGUUUGUAGUAUAGUUUAUCACAGUCUACCUUGAAAGGAAUAUUAUACCACUUAGUAUGAAAAAGCAGUAUACAGCAGUAUACUUCCAUUUCUUCCCUACCAGCUUUUGUGUUUUUUUAUUUUUUAUUUUUAUUUUACAUUUUGAGGCAGGUUCUCACUCUGUUGCGUAGGCUAGAGCGCAAUGGUGUCUGUCAUCUUAGGUCACUGCAACCUCAGACUCCUGGGUUCAAGUGAUCCUCCUGCCUCAGCCUGUGAUCUAUUAUGCAAAAUGUUCUAUGCACACUUGAGAAGAAUGUUUAUUCAGCUGCUGUUGUGUGGAAAGUUCUGUAUGUAUUUGUUAGGUCCAUUUGUUCUACCAUGGUAAAGUCAGUAGUUUCCUUAUUGAUUUUCUGUCUGCAUAUUCUAUCCAUUUCUCAAAGUGGGUAUUGAUAUCUCUUAAUGUUAUUAUAUUGCUGUUGAUUUCUCCCUUAAGAUCUGUUCAUAUUUGUCUUACAUAUUUAAGUACUUUGAUGUUGGGUGUAUAAAUAUAUUUAUAAUUGCUAUAUCUUCCUGUUGAUUUGAACUUUUUAAUCAUUAUAUAAUGAUCCUCUUUGUCUCUUGUGACAUUUUUUACUGUCUAUUUUGUCUGAUAUAAUUAUUGCUAGCCCUGUUCUCUGUUGGUUACCAUUUGCAUAAAAUAUGUUUUUUCAUCCUUUUACUUUCAACCUAUGUAUGUUUUUAUAUAUAAAAUGAGUCUCUUAGACCGCACAUUGCAGGAUCUUUUUAAAAAUCUAUUUAGCUCCUCUAUGCCUUUUGAUUAGGAGUUUAAUUCAUUUACAUUUAAAGUAAUUAUUAAUAGGUAAGGACAUACUAUUUCCGUUUUGUUGUUUUCUCUAUGUUUUGAAGUUCUUUUGUUCCUCUCUUUAUCUCUUGCUGUCUUCUUUUAUUAUAUGAUUAUUUCUUGUAGUGGUAUGGUUUGAUUCUUUUCUCCUUAUCUUUUUUAUAUCUACGAUAUGUUUUCCAUUUGUGGUUACAAUGACACUUGUAUCUUAUAACUAUAUUUUAAUUUGAUAACAACUUAUAUUCAAUUACAUAGAAAAACUCUACACUUUUACUCCUUCCUCACAACUUUAUGUUCUUAAAGUCAGAGUUUACUUCUUUUUUUACUGUGAUUCAGUUAGCAAAUUUUUGUGGUUACAGUUAGUCUUAGUACUUUUGUUCUUUUAUUUUUAUGUUAUGGUAACAGGUAAAUUUGAGCAUUACCAUUAUAGUAUCAUCUUAUUCUAUUUUUGACUGUGUAUUUAUGUUUCCAGUGAGAUUUAUAUUUUCAUAUGUUUUCAUGUUUCUGGCUGGCCUCUUUUUGAUUCCAUAUGAAGAACUUUCUCAAAGAUUCUUAUAAGACUGGUCUAAUGAUGACAGACUCACUUGGUUUUUGUUUGGGAAAUAAUUUAUCUCCUUUUCAUUUUUAAGGAUAGCUUUGCAUAGUAUAGUAUCUUCAUUAUCAGGUUUUUUUUUCUUUUAGUACGUUGAAUACAUCAUCCCACUUUAUCCUAGUCUUCAAAGUUUUUGCUGAGAAAUCCACUGAUAGUCCUAGAGGUAUUCAUUUGUAUGAGAUGAGUCACUCUUUUCUUGCUGUUUUCAAAGUCCUCUCUUUAUCUUUGACUUUUAACAGUUUAUUUGUAAUCUGUCUCAGUGUAGACCUCUUUUAUUUUCAACUAUUUGGGAAUCUAUGGGCUGCUUGAGUCUGUAUGUUCCUCCUCAGAUUUGGGACAUUUUCAUUUAUUUAUUUAAAUAAGCUUUCUGCCCCUAUCUCUUUCUCUACUCCUUUUGGGACACUUAUAAUGCAUAUAUUGGUUGGCUUGAUGGUGUCCUAUACAAAUUAUAUAGGCUUUUUUUACUCUUCUUCAUUGUUUUUUUCUUUUUUUUCUCCAACUGCAUAAUUUCAGAUGAUCAUCUUCAAGUUCAAGGAAUCUUUCUUCUGCUUGAUCAAAUUUGCUGUGGAAGCCCUCUGUUGAAUUUUUUAGUUCAGUCAUUAUAUCCUCCAGCUCCAGAAUUUCUUUUGAUUCUUUUACAUUUUAUUUUAUCUUUGUUGCACUUCUCAUUUUGUUCUUAUGUUGUUUGCCAGAUUUUGUUAAAUUAUUUAUGUGUGAUUUCUUGUAGUUUGAUGAACUUCUUUAAAGCAAUUAUUUUGAAUUCUUUGUCAGGCAGCAUGCGGAUCUCUAUUUCUUUUUAAAAUUUGCUUUCUUGAUACUCUUUACCUUUGUAUAGAAAUAUAGGUUUUGAAAUAUUUAUAUGCUUAUAGAAUAAGUGUUGCUAAAUUAAAGCUUUAAGGAUUGCUACUUUUUCUUAAAUGUUGGUACUUCAAAUUUUAAAAAUACAACACAUAAUUACUAUCAUGACAAAAACAUGUCAGGUAGAAUUUUAGAGAAGUGAUUGUUUAAAAUUUUUUUGCUGUCCAGUCUUUAUAGAAUAUUUUCAUAAUUGAAGAACUGUAUGUUGGCAAGAGUAAUCCUUUAGUCAGUCAGUAUCAGUUAGAUUUUUACAAAUACUAAAUUGAAUUUGAAACAACAGUGUCUUUAGUACUAGUCCCUAUGAGCUAGUGUGUCCAGUUCUUCAGUGCACUCUGGCAACAGGAUCCUGGAUUGCUGUUUAUGAAGUCAACCUGAAAUGUCCGGGAACCAAAACAUGUAAUGAUAGAGGCUGUUCUUUGUCUGAUGUCUGGGUGCCCAUAUUUGGUCUUGACCCUGACUCUCAAGAUACCGAGUUGAAUCCAUUAAGAAGGUAUAGUGAAAGCACUUUUCCCAUUGUUCAUUACAUACCUUCCAUUCCUAUUGUGAUACUGCAUUUGGCCUCCUGCUUUCACUCUCAUUGUGUAGUGGUGCUGUCACAACAUAGGAUGUAGGUCAUGUUCAGGGGUGGUUGAAUCACUACAUGCCAAAUACCAGUGGUUUUCAAAGUGGAAUUUGUACACCCCCCUGGAUUCACAAAAUCGUCAGACUGUGUGAAGAAAAUAUUAGAACUUGUACUUAUAUUUAUUGUUAGAAUCUUUAACAUCUUUCUUUUGUCUGUGUAUAAUGUAUGUAUCAGUAAAUAGUACAUACCGUGUUUCUCCAAAAAUAAGACCUACCCAUGAAAUAAGCCCUAGCAGGAUUUCUAAGCAUUUGCGCAAUAGAA